AUUAAUUCCAUCCACAACUCCACACCACAAGCCUUUCUCACCCUUCACUAUAAAUAUCCCAUUCACUCUUCAUGCAACUGUCUCUCUACGUCCUCACCCUUAUCCAUUCCACACUACUACCCCUAAACAACCAUGAUUCAAUCAAACUCCCAACAAACUAACUACUUUGCCUCUUCCAAUCCUUCCAACUUCCCGACCAACUUUAGUUUGACGCGUACCAACUCACCAGCACUCGAGCUCAGCAGAUUGCUAGCCGACUUCCCAAAUAAUCAUCAGCUUCAAGAGUUCACCCCAUACUCUUCAUGCAUCAGCAACAACUCAACCUCUGACGAGGCCGAGGAGCACCAGCUGAGCAUCCAUGACGAGAGGAAGCAGAGGAGGAUGAUAUCCAAUAGAGAAUCUGCCCGGAGGUCAAGGAUGCGCAAGCAGAGGCACCUCGAUGAGUUGUGGUCCCAAGUUCUUCGCCUCAGAAGUGACAACCACAAUCUCAUCGAGAAGAUGAACGAGAUGUCUGAGAGCCACGACAGAGUUGUUCAAGAGAAUGCGCGGCUCAAGGAAGAAGCAGCAAAUCUUCAGAGGAAGCUCAUGGAUGUUCAAGUUAGCAAUUCCUACUCCAUUUUUAGUGAUCUUGAUGAGCUUUCAUGCAACAGUGCUCAUCUCCAGGCUGAGUCCUCCAACCAGUCUCUCACCCCUUCAACAGAUUUGCUUCAUUAAUUUAGACUUACUUUUGUGUCACUACUAAUGUAAUCUUGAGAUCAAAACCAUGUUUGUUACGCUUAAAUAAUGAAAAUAUUUGGUACAUACGCAAA